AAUCACCAAUGCAAGCAGGAAUUACCAUUUUACCCAUGGAUAUUGUUAAGCAUCAAGAACAAGCAGAUCAGCAGCAGCUUCAACAACAGCAAAUGAUAAGUUACAGACUAAAAUCCCCAUCUUCUAAUGAAACCAUCAUGCAACAAAUUAUCAUUUCUUAUGAAAGAUCGUAUGAUAUUCUAUCAGAAAGGAAUAAGCUUAGAAAGCUAAAAAGGAAAUUAGUUGAUGAAUUUGAUGUUUCUGGAAACAUUGCUACACCCCCUUCAAGUCAAGUUUUGGUGAACGCUACAAACCUUGAAAUUGUUGUGCCAAGGAAACCACGAAUCAGAUGGACUCAAGAUCUCCAUGAUCGAUUUGUUCAGUGUGUGACUUGUUUAGGUGGUGCUGAAAAGGCGACACCAAAGGCGAUACUGAGACUGAUGGAUUCAAAAGGGUUAACAAUCUUUCAUGUUAAAAGCCAUUUACAGAAAUACAGAGUUGCCAAAUAUUUGCAUGAAACUGCAAAAGGGGAUUUGGAGAGGACUAGUAUCGAUACCAUAUGGCAAGAUGAAAAUGUAACUGCCAUGCAAUUCAAGGAUGCACUGCAAGUAGAACUUUCUCUACAAAGGCAACUUCAUGAGCAACUAGAGAUUCAACGAAGCUUGCAGUUGAGAAUAGAGGAACAAGCAAAGCAACUGAAGAUGAUGUAUGAUCAACAUCGGCAACCGAACGCCAAUAACUCCCAAAAUUAGGAAAUCACAUCUUUACAAGUUAAUCACCACUUCACGAAUCUUGAUGAUGAAGAGAUUGUAAAUUUGGAAAAUGAAGUUGAGAAUAUAUACCCUUUCCCCAUCCAAGAUAAGUUAGCAUUCCAUCAAGAAAGCUAAAACUUUUUUGAUGAGAUAGCUUAUAUUUAUUUGUGUUUAACAAUUGGGAGAAAUACAUGAUUGUCUGUUUAAAUG